CUUUUGUCGGCGGUGAAACAAAUUCGCAGAAACAAACAAGUUCCAACGCGUCUAGACAAGACACGACUCUAGUUCCCGAGGCUGUUUCCUGUUUAGUAGAAAAUUUGGAUUGAGAAUCAUGGAAUCGAAGAAAGUGAUGAUAGAAGAGGAAGAAGAGAUGUGGAGGAAAGAGAUAGUAACAAGCGUGAUGAGAAUAGUGAGCACGAGAUUGCCACAGAGAGAUUUAAUUUCUCUCCUUCUCGUUAGCCCUUGGCUCUAUCGCACCCUCGUCUCUUACCCUUCCCUCUGGCUGAACAUUGAUUUGCGUGAGAGGACCAAUGCAGGAGAUAGGCUUUUAGCUGCUCUGUCCUUGCCAAGAUAUGGUCAAGUGAAGCAUAUCAAUCUUGAAUUUUCUCAAGGUGUUGAGGACAGUCAUCUUCAACUUGUGAAAAGCCAGUGUCAUGAUGCGCUUUCAAGCUUAGAAUGCUUGAAUCUGAACGGGUGCCAAAAGAUAUCAGACAGUGGAAUCGAAGCUAUAACUAGCAUAUGUCCCAAGUUAAAAGCUAUCUCUAUCUACUGGAAUGUGAGGGUGACUGAUGAUUGUAUUAGACAUCUAGUCAAGAAUUGCCGAAACAUCAUUGAUUUGAACCUAAGUGGUUGCAAGAGCAUAACCGACAAAGGUUUGCAAUUAGUAGCUGAAGGUUAUCAAGACUUAGUGUCACUGAACAUCACUAGAUGUGUUAAGGUCACAGAUGAUGGAUUACUUCAUGUGCUACACAAGUGUUCCUCUCUACAGACCUUAAACCUCUACGCUCUUUCUGGCUUCACAGACAAAGCUUACAAGAAGAUAUCUCUUUUGGCUGACCUAAGGUUCUUAGAUCUAUGUGGUGCUCAGAAUUUAUCUGAUGAAGGGCUUGGUGAUAUAGCUAAGUGCAACAAGAUAGAGUCUCUCAACUUGACAUGGUGUGUGCGUAUUACAGAUGCAGGUGUGAUUACAAUUGCUAAUAGCUGUACCUCCCUCGAAUUUCUCAGCUUGUUUGGAAUAGUUGGGGUGACUGAUAAAUGCCUGGAGGCUCUCUCGCAGACCUGCUCUGCUACACUCACCACUCUUGAUGUCAAUGGCUGCAUCGGCAUUAAGAGAAGAAGCCGUGAAGAAUUGCUUCAGAUGUUCCCUCGUUUGACAUGCUUCAAAGUACACAGCUAAUUUUGGAUUUUAGCUCCAGGACUCUCAACAAUAUCUUGCUCCGUGCGUAAGGCAAGUUGCUCCAUAUGAGGAUUCUCUUCUGUUAUGUAGCAUACAAUCACAUAAUAUUUGCAGCAGAUGCUAAGUGUUUUUGCAAUAUGUUUUAUUGAACUAGCCAUGGUACAUCCAUAACUUAUAGAUAUGACUUAUAGCGGUCUUGGUUGUAUUUAUUACUUGGAUGAUUACAUUAAGCUCCAGCUAUAACUAGACCAAAUUGGUUCUUAUAUCUUCCUUGAUGCUUGAACUUGU